AUGACUUAUGUACUAGUUCGUUACUCUUUCAGGGCCCUUCUAAAGAUGGUGGCCACUUUGACAUCAAAGACCUUGGUCUACUCAGCUAUUUCUUGGGUUUAUGGGUUCUUCAUAAGGAUGAAAGCCAAUCUUCUCAACCCCAAACCCGCAUCUACUCCAUUGGCUGCCAAGAUUUUCCUCUCUAUCUUUGAUGGUGCUCUCAUCUCCAACUCAACCGAGUAUCGCGAGCUUGUUGGUAGUUUACAGUAUCUCACACUUACUCACCCUGACAUAUCUUUUGUCGUCAACACUGUUGCUCAAUUCAUGAAUGCCCCUCUCACCUCUCACUUUGUUGCCGUCAAACAGAUAAUUAGGUACAUCAAGGGCACUAUUGACCUUGGCCUCACCUUCACUCCUCAAACUGCCGUUGCUCACCUCUCCACCUACUCUGAUGCGGAUUGGGCUGGGUGCCCUGAUUCUCGUCGGUCAACCACUGGAUAUGUGAUUACUCUUGGAACUAACCUCAUCUCAUAG